GAGGAUCUGAUCGAGCGCAAGAAGGCGACGCGUAAGCGCGUCCGCGCCGCGCUCAAGGAGCUCACCGAGGAGCAGAUGAGCACCGAGAGCGCGCAAAUCUGCGAGGCGCUCCUCUCGACGCUCCAAAUCUUCGCAACCGAGAACCCGCCCGAACGGGGGCGGCCGGUGCGCCUGGGGCUGUACGUGCACUGCGCGAAGCUCCGCGAGGUUGACACUCGGCCGUUACUCGAAACCGCCUUGGGUCUCCCGAACUGCGAGGUGUACGUGCCCAUCGUCGACGACGCCAAAAAGGAUGGGGAAUCCGAGGGUGUAAGGCCCGCCAUGCGAUUUUUACAAAUCCGUAACCUGGACGACGACUUGGAGCGAAAGACGAUGGGCAUCAUGGAACCCAAAGAGUUCCUCGCCGACGGGGUGACGCGGCGGCAAAACCUGGAACAUCUCUGGGACGUGCCGGAAUCGAACCCGCGACCGCUGGACGUCCUCCUGAUGCCCGGCCUCGCGUUCGACUCGGCCGGCGCGCGGUGCGGCCGCGGCGGCGGGUACUACGACGCGUUUGUCGAUCGAUACUUUGACCGAUGCGAAGCGUCGGGAUACGAACCGCCGCCGCUGGUGGCGUUGGCGUUCAGCGCGCAGGUGCUGCCCGCCGGUGAGGUUCCCAUGGCGCGAUGGGACCGACGGGUGGACGCGUUGGCGACGGCGGAUGGGGUUUUG